AUGAGAAAAGUAGAUAAGCCAGAUAAUGUGAAAAGGAGGAAUAGAUUGACUAUAGUUUGUACUAAUUGUAAAAGAAGGAAAAUUAGAUGUGAUAAAAAGCAUCCGUGUGAUGCUUGCAUUAAAGCAAAUAGAGCUGAUGAAUGCAAAUAUAUUAGUAUAAUUAAGGAGGACACAAAGCGUAAGAACACAUUAAAACUGGGCAAUGAUUAUAAGAAACAUAAGGGUAAUCAGACUGUAGCAGAUAAAGACGGUAAUUUAGCUCAUAUAGAUAAUUCUGAAUUUAUUAAUAUUAUACCAAAUGGGUUUUAUGUGGACGUAAAAAGAUCUGCUAUUAAUAUGUUUGCUCAAUUUGUUGAUCUUUCUAUAGAACAUAGAGAUGUGUAUUUAAAAUUGAUGACUAGAUUUAGAAGUAUAGUAAUAAAAAAUAUGUCUGAGAAAUAUGAGAAUGAAGCUAAGAGUGAGAAACAUAAAUUUAAUCCAUAUUUGCCUAAAUCAUUUAAACCGUUAUCAGUAUUUGAUUUUCAUGAACAGACAGGUAAUAGAAUGGUAUCACAGAAAGGAAUCAUUAAUUAUGAACAACAUAAAAUCCUGUUUGAUAAAUUUGCCAAAAUGAGAAAAAAUGAGCAACUGAAGUUUUUAUCAGAUGAAUCAAUUAAAAUAAAGGACUAUUUAAUUGAUAAAGAACUUUUCUUGUCACAGAUAUUACAAUUUUUUACUGAAAAAAUACUACCGUUGAUACCAAUCUUUGAUAUGAAUAUUUUAACAAAGGAAAUAAUAGCAUUCUUUGAUUAUAUGUCAACAAAUGACAACAUAUCAACAAAAUCAUCUGACCAUAUUGUUAUGUCGAUAAUUUUUUUAAUAAUUUUAUUGACAAAGUUAUCAAUAUCUAAUUCGAAGUAUCCACAUGUGGAAUCGAUAUAUGAAUCAAUUUUAAAGAUUGAUACUUCUAAGUAUCUUGCAAUAAUUCAUCAUUAUUUAUUUCAAAUGAAAAUUCUGCGUAAAUGUACCUUAUUACAAUUGCAAUGUUUAAUCCUUUUAAAAUUCUACCAAUGGUGUAGUCCCGAUGACGGUGAUGGUUCAGACGGACAGCACAAUCAAAUAUUUUUAGGAAUGAUAAUAUCUAGUGCCAAGGAAUUAGGAAUAAAUUGGCAUUGUAUAAAUAAUGAAAGGUAUUGUUUUAGCAUUGCUAAUGGUGCAAGACCAAGUUUAAUGGAUAUGGGUUCUAAAGACUAUCUCGAACAUUAUCGAAGAAUUUGGUCUGUCAUUGUAAGUUGGGAUAGAAAAAUGUCAUUGGCAUUUGGUCAAGAAUGUUUAAUAGGUAAAUCAUAUAUAGGUUUUUUGAAAGAAAGCUUGUCAAAUAUUAUUGAGAAUAAUAAUAAUAGUAAUAGUAAUAGUAAUGACAUCACUGACAAGAGUCAAGAUAUCAGCCAUAAUAUUAACUUUCAACAUAAAAUAUGGCAUGCUAGAAUGCUGUCCAUUGAUCAUUAUUUAUUGAAGAUUAAUAAUAUGAUUCAUAAUGCACCAACAAGAGUCAAUGUUGCUCUACUUGAAGACUUGAUUUCACAGAUUAAGAAUGAACUCAAACGAUUAAGAUUAUAUUCUAUAACACUAACAGAAACAACAACAGGUUCUAACGGUAAUAAAUAUGCAAAGGGAUACAAUACACAGGAUUAUUAUGAUACAAUAAAUGAGUCAGCUAUAAAAGUACUGGACACUGAGUUUGAUUGGUGUUUGAAUUUACUCGAAUUAUCAAUAUACCAUGGAAGAAUGGUUUAUUAUGAGAGAACUACGGAUUACGUUAAAUAUCACACAUCAAUUCAAGAAUUAUGGGAUUAUCUUAUCUUGCUAGCAAAAAAGUGUCAUUGUUAUUUUUUUCCAGAAGUUGGUCAGGAUAGAAUCAAUGGAUUUAUGAGGUUUUACUGUAAUAGAAUUGUUGAAAUUGCUACCAACAAAUUGUGUGUCCUUAUACCAACAUUUAUACUUAGACUAAAUAGAUUCCCACAGAUGACUAAUGAUGAUAGAGAUUUGAUGUGUAAAUUUCUUUACCAAAUUUCCUCAGUUUAUUUCAAUGAGUAUGCGUUUGAACAUUUUAAAUGUUUCAAGAAAAUGUUCACAGCUAAGAUAACUUAUAAAAUGUUAAAUAGGCCACAUGGUAAAGAUAUUUGGAAAAAUAUUUUACAGUUUUUAAUUUAUAAGAUCAGUGAACAAGAUGAGAUACUGAAUUCUGUUGAAGAUAUACCUAAUAUCACAUGUAGUUCAUUAAGGGAGCUAAUCCCCUAUUUCAAUGAGUAUUAUCAAGAGGUUAAAUCUAAAGGUUACGAUUAUACAAAUGUUGAUUAUUUAGAAAGGAUUUGGAAUAAUAAAGUAAUACCAGUAAGUGCAUGCGAUAAUUUAUUCAAAUUAAAUUUGCAUGAGGAAAAAUUAGAUUUUAUUAUAAAAGAGGACAGAUAUGAACAUCAAUUAAAUAUAUUUGCGUCAUUCUAUGAUAAUUCUAGUACUGAAUUAGUUGUACGUACUUAUGGUGAAACAUUGGUAUCCCAGAAGCAAGAUAGUAAUGUUAAUAAAACUGCCUAUCCAGGAAAUGUAGCAAGUAAUAACUUUACAGAAUUUCCAGUUAUGCCUAUAGUUUCUGUCGAUAUAGAUCAAUCUUUAGGAACGGAGGCUAGUGUAACUAGAACAGUAAGUAGUAAUAACGGCACGUUUGAUUUUGAUUUGGAUAGAUUAACCCAGCCUAUUGAAACAAUCUCCAGUUUAGAAUUCUUAAAUGAUUUAUUCGAACCUACAGAUUUUAUUUCAUUUUUUAAAUAG